AUGUUGACGCCCCUGGACCCACCGCGGAAGAAACACCUCAACGCGGACGCCAAGUACGUGUACGUGGCGCGCAAUCCCUGGGACUGUUACGUCUCAUUUUACCUCCACGUCUGCAAUCUGAGUCCGUUCCGCUUCCAAGACGGGACCUUCGAUGAGUUUCUCGAGUUGUUCUUGAGGGGCGACUUCGGGUACGGUGACUACUUUGAUCACCUCUUGGCUGGUUACGCCUUGAAUCAUGAGCCCAACGUACUCUUCGUCACUUACGAGCAAAUCAAGGAGGACACACGCUUGGUUGUGCUAAAGCUUGCAUAUUUUUCGGACGAACGAUAUGGCAGGGCACUGGAAACGAACGACUGCCUUCUCCGUACAUUGAUGAAGAGGUCGACGGUGGAACACAUGAAAAAGGUGCUUGUUUUGGACGUUAAGGGCGAAGAAAAUCCAGCGAUGAAUGGCCUCUUCAAAGGUCGAAAAGUUUAUGUCAUAGUUUGA